AUUUUUAAAUACACACAUCGCACCGGUGAAGGUAUCACGGCUGGAGGUGAUUCGCGGAGCUUUCAGACCGGCUCGCCGUCAAACUGCUGACUCUAAACACGAAACAUGGUCCAUUUUAACAAAUGGACGUUAGUGAGGAGCGCGUCUCUCACCGACAGGACUGCCGCACGGGAUUUAAAGCUCCGAUAGUGGCUUGUGAUGACGGUGGACUGGUUUAGUAUAUGAAAUACAAGGCUGUGAACAGAUCAUGGCUUGUUUUAAAAGCGUAUCGUUUAACUGAUUACCGACUGUGAUUGUAGAGCGAAGGGCUUCAGCUGCCCCGCCGUUUGUUUGCUGGAAACAUUGACUCAACAGCACACCAAAUCAAGAUGACAGUGGAAAAUACAACUAUCAAAAGUCGGAUUAAAAAUCUGCUCCGCUCGCCUUCCAUCAAACUGAGAAGAAGUAAAGCUGGGAACAACAAAGAGAAUCUCAGUAAUAAGGUGACAUUGGAGAAAGUCCUGGGAAUCACUUCCGCUGGGAAUCGUGCUUUGGCGUGUGACCCACGUUCAGGACUGGUUGCCUACCCAGCCGGAUGUGUGGUGGUGCUACUGAACCCUAAGAAAAACAAACAGCAUCAUAUCCUCAAUAGCUCCAGGAAAACCAUCACUACCGUCUCCUUCUCUCCUGAUGGCAAAUACGUGGUCACGGGCGAGAGUGGUCAUAUGCCGGCGGUGCGUGUCUGGGAUGUGGCAGAGAGGACACAGGUGGCGGAGUUACACGAACAUAAAUAUGGCGUGGCGUGUGUGGCUUUCUCCCCCAAUAGUAAAUACAUCAUCAGUGUGGGAUACCAGCAUGACAUGAUCGUCAACGUCUGGGCCUGGAAGAAAAAUGUUGUGAUUGCCGCCAACAAGGUGUCCAGUAAAGUGACGGCUGUGUCUUUCUCAGCUGACAGCUCGUACUUUGUUACAGCUGGGAAUAGACACGUGAAGUUCUGGUAUCUUGACCACACCAAGUCGUCCAAGGUGAACGCUACAGUACCAUUAUUGGGCCGCUCUGGUCUUCUUGGAGAGCUGCGGAAUAACUUCUUUAGCGAUGUGGCCUGUGGAAAGGGCCGGAAGGCGAACAGCACCUUCUGCAUCACUUCCUCUGGGCUGCUCUGUGAAUUCAAUGACAAAAGAAUGCUGGACAAGUGGGUGGAGCUCAGGAAAAAUGACAGUUUCGCAACCAGUAUGGCCACGUCUCUGUCCGUCAGCGAGGAUCUGAUCUUCUGUGGUUGUGCUGAUGGGACAGUGAGAGUGUUCAGCCCCACUGACCUGCACUUUAUCUGUACGCUGCCUCACCCUCACAGCCUGGGCACAGACAUCGCCACUGUUACUGAGGCCAGCCAUCUCUUCGCCUACAAGGAAAACGUCCGCUAUCCUGACACAGUGGCCGUGUCCUAUGACCCCACGAACCGCUGGCUGUCCUGUGUCUACAACGAUCACAGUCUGUACGUGUGGGAUGUACGUGAUCUUCGUAAAGUGGGCAAGGUUUACUCGGCUCUCUACCAUUCGGCCUGCGUAUGGAGUGUGGAGGUGUACCCAGAGACGAGGGAUGGAGAGCAGCCACGUUUGUCUCCCGGAUCGUUCCUCAGCUGUUCUUCUGACAAUACUCUCCGUUUAUGGAACACAGACGCUCAGAACACCACCCUCAGCCGAAACGUCAUCAGCAACGACCUCCAGAAGGUCAUUUAUAUGGACAGCAACACCUCCCCCCUGCUGGACACGGACUGCACCAUCUCCAGUAACUCUGAGAAGGCCGACCCACAGACCUCAGAUAACCGGACAGGCAUUAGGACCAUGUGCGUGAGCCCAGACGGGCUGCACCUGGCAUCAGGGGACCGCAAUGGAACACUGAGAAUCCAUGAUUUGGAGAGCAUGGAGGAAAUUCUAGACGUUCAGGCCCACGACUCUGAGAUCCUGUGUCUAGAGUACUCAAAACCCGAGACUGGGCUGAAACUGUUGGCCACCGCCAGCAGAGACAGACUGAUCCAUGUUCUGGAUGCGGAUCGGGAAUACGGCCUCCUGCAAACACUGGAUGAACACUCUUCCUCUAUCACUGCUGUCCGAUUCGCUACUAACGAUGGGAAAGUCAGGAUGAUCAGUUGCGGUGCCGAUAAGAGCAUCUACUUCCGCACGGCACAGAAGACAGAGGAGGGAACAGCGUUCACACGCACUCAUCACAUAGUGAGGAAGACUACUCUGUAUGACAUGGACAUCGACCCCACAAGGAAAUACGCUGUUAUUGGAUGUCAGGAUCGCAGCAUCAGGAUUUUUAACAUCUGCAAUGGCAAACAGAAGAAAGUCUACAAGGGCUCCCAAGGGGAGGACGGGACCCUUAUCAAGGUUCAGACGGAUCCCUCUGGUCUCUAUGUGGCCACAAGCUGCUCGGACAAAAACAUCAGCAUCUUUGACUUAUACACUGGAGAAUGUGUGGCCACCAUGUUUGGCCAUUCUGAGAUUGUAACAGGAAUGAAGUUUACUAAUGACUGUAAACAUCUGAUAUCUGUGUCGGGAGACAGCUGUAUCUUUGUGUGGAGGCUUUGUCCUGAGUUGACCAUCAAUAUGAGACAACGGCUUUCGGACCUGAAACAGAACAGCAAACCUGUUCAGAAGACCCCUCCAAAUAAACAACACACACUUGGCACAAGGAAAGAAAACCACAGUGCCCCGGUCAUUGGCACCAUGUCGUCCGACAGCGACAAAGACAUGGAGGAAGAGGAGGGCAUUGAAGAGGAAGAUGAGAUGUUCCCUCACCUGUCAUCGGGCAGCAGUGGUGGCGAGGAGACAGGAUCAUCUGAAGAAAACCACAACACACUCAAUUCCCACAUGAAGAAGCAGUCCAACAGUUGUGAACAUGAGGGUUCAGGUCCACGACCAAGACGGCGCUGGUCCAGGCGAAUGGGUAGUAUGGAUCUGAAGGUGAAGUCCAUGCUGGACCUGAGGCAGCUGGAGUCGUUCGCCAUGCCUCUCUUCCCCAGCAAAACCCAAGACGUUCAUAAAGAUCUUCCACCGCCUAGGAACCAAGAACUAGGCAGCACCAUCAGUCUGCAGACUAUUGCCGCAUGGGCACCUGAAGAGAAUGAACCAGGAGGACAAGCACGUCCUCAUUACAUCAAACUGUUGCCUCAAACCCCAGAGACAGAAGUGCUGUAUCCUGAGGGAUGUGAAGACCAAAUCAGUCUUGCUGGAAGUGAGUAUCAAGUGAAAAAGCUGCCUCAUGGAGUGAGAUGUGCUAAAGUGAACUCUUGUCCUGAGAAGCAGAGUCCAGACAGCGCCUGCUCUAUGGAGUAUUCCAGCAGUCGUCUUUCAAGCCCUGAACGCCCUGGAGAAGACUCUGAGCCGACUGAGCCAUUGAGUGUAGAUGGAAACUCAUCAGAACUGGAUAUGGAAGAUCUUGAUGAGGAAGAGGAGGACAGCCUGAGGAAGAAUGCGGUUCAGACUCCUGUACCUCAGACCCCAGACCAGGAGGCGUUUCUCAAGAGGCACUUUGCAAACCUGUCAGACCUCAACAACACUGCAAUUCCAACCAGAGUAACUCCAAAUAUCUCUGACAGCAUGUCAUCGAAGUUUCUCUCUCAGAACUCUCCUAGCAGAACUCCAUUCCCGUUCCCCUCAAACAAAAGCAGUGACAUUAAAACCACCAGUGGAGUUGUACGCAGACUGAUCAGCCCUGUCGCUAAAGCUGCCGCAAGUCACAACAGUUCUGCAGGCAUGAGGAAAGCUCAGUCUAUCCACAACAUCUCCUCAGAGGCUGACGCGGUCCAGAUAUCCAGUCGUCCUUUUAAGGAAGUCCAUCCACAGUCGCAGACUCCAGACCACCAACAGACGCAAAGACCACGGCGUUCCCUUCCUACCGUCCCGCUCAUCAGCCCCACGACUGCCCUGCCAAAGGACAUCACCACACCUACCAAAUCCAAAUCCCGUUCCUACAUGAGUCCUACCACUAGCUCUAUGGCCAAGAUGUCCCGCUCUGUUUCCAUGGGUGACAACUUGAAUGUGGUAGAGCUAGAAGACACAGGAUCUUCAGACCUACGCCGGGGCUCAAGUUCGGACACUUCCAACCCUCGGAGCACCUCCCAAAGCAAGCCCACCACUCCUGUUGCCCAGGUUUCAUCCCCUAAUACUUCGGCAUCCCCAUUUCCAGGCCCCUCCAUGCCCCAUGCAGCAGUCAUACCCACGCUGAGUGCUGGCUCAACUGGAAACUCUUCCUCUAAAGGUCUCCAGGUCAAACUGACUGGCAGUGCUCGACCACUGCUCCAUAUAGACAUUCCUAAUCCUCUUCCAGAUAAACCCUUGUUAUCUUCCCUCUCGCCAUGCAGCAAGACCCCCAAACCUGAACAAAAGGAAAAGGAGUCCUCAAGUAGAACUCCAACAACUCCCUCUUCAAAUCCUGGAGCAGUUCACUUGCCCAACAGCAUUGUACAACCGGUUACAGCUGUUUGUUUGAGUCCAUCUGAAACCCCAGACCAGAUUGAGCUUAGUAUGGUACUUGGUCCCAGCCAGACCAAGAAUUUAACGGAAGAUGAACUCCACUCGCACACAGAGCCGAGAAAAGAGGACACCUCCAAGACUGAGUGCCCUCCCAUGAGCCGGUGCAGUCUAAGUCUUCUUCCGUCUUCCUCAGGAUCUCAAGAUUCAGGUUGGCCAGGACAUCAGUCUUCCCUUGUUCCAUCUUCUGUUCUGCUACGGCUUGGGCUGUCUAAACACUUCUUUACCAAAGGGCUCUGGCCUCUCUCAUCCUCUACCUCCUUCAUCACAUCCUUCAUCUCUUCUUCACCCUCUUCCCCCAUUAACCAUUACCACCUGCAGGACACAUCUCUCAAUGUGGAUUCUUGUAGGCUGGCUGCCAAUGAAUUGCAGAGCAGUUUUAAAAGAGCCUCCCACCUCUACAAAAUGCUAAGCAACUCCACCGACUCCAGUGAGGAGCAGCAGGAAAUGGCACAUGUGCUGGCCGAAGCAUUUGAGGCGAUGAGAGACGAGCUCAAUUGCCUGCCACCAUGCACUCCUUCAAGAUCUCCCAGCACUUGCACUGUGCGCACAAUAGCUAACAGUGAUGCAACAUUAGGUGACGACAGGACACUUGCCCUUUUAGAGCAGUACUCCAGACUGCUGCUCAGUGCAGUGGAGAAGAGGAUGGACAACAAAAUCUGAUUUCUAUGAUUU